CAACAUUUAUCGCUUUGGUGACCCAAACUUCGCAGCACCGGUCUUCCGUGAUGUUGAAUGGACUAUUGAUGAGGGUGAGAGCUGGGCUGUGAUGUCAGGUUCGAAGCAAAAGACCAGAUUGGGCUUUAAUACUCCUACGUCACCUACGCAUAACUCCUCCUCCGCCAUUACCCGGAGGACUGUUUCCUUUCCUCAGACCCUCCACGCGACCCACACAACUGUGUGGCUUUUGUAUCAUUCGCGCGUCGGCCCCGUGCAGCAGGUGGUGCCUUCUACGACUACACUUCUCGAUACGGCGCAGUCAGAGAAGAAGACCAUAUCACCCUUUGAGAAAACGCGUCGAGCACGCAUCGUGAAGGCUAUUUUAUCUGAACCAGAGCUCCUUGUACUCGACGAACCUUUAACCGGCCUUGAUGUCAAUACUCGCCCAAUCUUGCUGAAUAUCCUUCGGUCACUGCAUGAGUCUCGCAGUCCACGCAUGAUCAUUGGUCUCAGGGUCCAGGACCUUGUUCCUGACUGGAUUUCGCACAUCGCUCUAGUGACGGGCGAAACUAUCCUGACAGACGUCAAAGAUGAAAUCAUGUUCAAGCAUGCGGAACAUCAGGCGCAAGGGAAGCUGAGUAUAGAAAGGCAAGUACCACUCACUCAUAUUUGCAAUCUGGCCUUGAUCAUGGAAAGCCCGUAGUUGACAUGAAGAACGUAAA